UAUGUCUUUAAGAAAAGCUGCCCGUGAAUGCAAUCUAUCAUAUAGCUUUUUACAGAGGAGAUAUUCUGGUGAAACUGACAUAGAUAAGGUGAAAGGUCCAGCUACUAUUUUCACUAAAGAAGAGGAGGAGAAUAUGGCCUCAUGGUUAAGUGAGAUGGCGCAGAGAGGCAUGGGCCUCAGAACAUGUGAAUUCCUGGAUUUUGUUCAGGACGUAGUAAAACGGGAGAAAAGGAAAACGCCUUUCACUGAUGGUAGACCAGGUUACAGUUGGUACAUUGCUUUCAUGAAUAGGAACUCAAAUCUUCAUAGACAUUCGCACAGAAACUCCACUUGAGCUGAAGCGCUCAAAAGUUACCAAGGAUGUCACUGACAAUUGGUAUUUGAAAUUUAGAAACUUCCUGGUGAACAAAGAGUGCAUUGAUAAGCCUUCUCGUAUAUGGGAUGCAGAUGAAACUGGUUUCAAUAUGGGAAGUAACAAAUCAAAGGGUAUUUGGUCCUGCUCGGAGAGAUUUGUCAGUGCCCCACAUAACUGCAGGGAAAGAAAGACUUACAGUUAUGUACUGUGGUUGUGCUAAUGGACAGAUAAUGCCACCAUUUUUAGUAUUUCCAGAACUAAACCAAGGUCGUACAAUCCAUUGAAUGGAGCUACUGAGGGAUCAGCCAUCGCUUACACCAAGAAAGGUUGGAUGGAUGCUGUCACAUUUGGAAAAUUCAUUGACCAUUUUGAUAAGCACGCUGGAACUGAUCGUCCUGUUGUCUUGUUGCUAGACAGUGUCAGUAGUCAUGUUGAUCACAAAGUGUUCAUGGAUGCAAAGAGCAAGGGGAUAGAGUUGUACAGGAUCGUGCCUAAUGCCACCCACCUGAUGCAGCCAAUGGACAAAGGCGUCUUCGGGCCAUUGAAAUCAAAGUGGCAUUUGGUUGCAAGAAAGUACAGUAGGGAAAAUCCUGGAAGAUCGAUUGGCAAGGAGGUGUUUGCCGAGAAAUUGACAGAGGCAUUUCUCAAUUUCUACAAACCUCUAACAGUCAUUAAUGCAUUCCGAUCCUCUGGUAUAUACCCGGUAGAUGCAUCUGUUAUAACUGAUGAAAUCCUGAAACCUGGAAGAACGUUCUUCACUUCCAAACCAGAAGAACAACCGUCAACUUCUGGAAGAGUGUCACAAGUCAUGCCCAUGGAAUGUUCGCCUGGUCAACAUAAGGCAAAGGGUGCUCUAGAGGUAUUUGAAGAGACUUUGUCCACACCAGUUCUAAAGAAGUACAGGACAAGAAUAGAGGAAAACUAUGACAUUGAAACACAGUCACCCUGUUUUGAGGUCUAUAAGAAACUGCACAGUAAAGUGCACAAGACAGCUGAACCCCCAUCAUCUUCACAAGGGAGUAGUUCAUCUGGUCAUCAUACUGGACUGCACAUGCUAGCAGAUGCUGCAUUACAAGCCACACAGACGUCAUCGGGUGUAACACCUGACAUCGUGUCACUUCUGUCCACACCGCCAUCCACUUCAUCCUGUCUGGUUUCACCUGUAUUAAGAGAAGCUCUUGUUAACCUCAGGCUCCAGAAACAUUGAAACCAGUCCGGAAAACACUGUUGAACACUUUGCCAGACAAUCUGACCUCAACAGAAAGUAUUCGUACAAUGUCACUGAAACAGUUAGAAAAAAUUACCAAAUUUACAGAAAGAGAGCUUAAGGCAAAAGCGGCGUACCUGAAAAAACAAGCCCAAAUUUCUAAGAAAACAGAAAAAAAGAAAGGGAGCUCAGCUGCAAAUCCUAAGAAAGGUAAAGGACCCUUAAAAGGUAAAGGGUGCUUAAAAAGAAAAGUGGAAAAUGUUGUUCCCCAAGAAGAAACAACAGGAUCAAGUAUGUCGAAGGACUUCUGUAAAGCUUGUCUAACCACAUGGGUGGAAGAUAUCACAUCAGGUGAAAAUCAACUAUGGAUACAGUGCGACCAAUGUGACGGAUGGGUACAUGCAGGUUGCCUAACUGAACGUGUGGAUGAAGAUGAGCCUUUCACCUGUCCAGAUUGCGUUUAGAAAAACCAGAUGAUUCCAUGGUUUUGGCACCAACAAAAAAGGAAAUGGUAUUAAGAAACUCUGUUUUUAAGGGAUACAAUUUUUUCCAAAUAAGACCACCCAAUACCACACCCCCUACUCAGUUACUAGUCCAGCCAGAAUACACUAACAUUCAUGAUGAGUGUGCCAGUUUGGUAUGGUUACCAGAAUUAGAUACUUUUCCAGACCAUAUGCAUUCACUUAUUACGGAUGAAAAGAGGCAGCUUAAACUUCAAGAUGUGGCCGGUCUACCCAUUGGCCAUGUCCCAAGAAAUUUGGCAGGAUUCUUCCGGCCUUUAAUGGAGAGUGGACGCAUUGUAGCAGAGGUGACUGGAGAACCUGUCCCAAGCUUUCCUCCUUGGCCGGCACUAAAGGAAGAAGGAGGGGGUGUAGUGCUUCCAUGUAAUUACAUUAUCACACAUUCUGAUAUUGAGGCACAAUAUAAUAAACUUUCAGAACUGCUCAAAAGUAUCCCUGAAGGGACGGCCAUGGAACUUGUUCUGCUGUAGCUACUCCGAGUAUUUCUUUGCAUGUGUUUUAAAUUACAAGCAGUAAUCUUUGAUCUCUGUUGAUUACCUGGUAAGUUUUGAUUGGCAAAUAAUGUUAGUUCCAAUCACUUAUUUCUUUAAUUUUGUAUUAUUUCUUUUAUUUUGUAUGUUGAUUACAAGAAGUAAUCUUUGACCUCAGGAUAUAGAUAUGUGUGAUCUCUGUUUAAUCUAGUCAGUAUUGAUUAAGCUAAGCAUUUAAAAUGUUAAUUUCAGUCGCUUUGUUUUGGUAUUUUUUCUAUUGAUUACAAGUAGUAAUCUUUGAUCUCGGUAUAUAAAUAUAUGUAUCUAUACAGACCUAUAUUUUGUUAACCUUUGAAUAUUUUAUUGACAUUAUAUAUCUGUUUAAAUAAACAAGCAUA